AUGGCAAUGUUUGGCAUGGAUAACGAAAAGAAAACAUUGCUUGUUCAGGAAGUAUAUAGAAGACCGCUUAUCUGGAAAGUCACUGACCCUCGAUAUAACGAUAUUCCUGCUCGUUGGCUUGCUUUUGAAGAAAUAGCCCAUGAACUGAGUGAUGAUGAUUUAGUUUUUACCAGUGACAUGAUCAAGGUAGCAUGGAAGAACAUGAUGGAUUACUAUAACCAGAUACGGCGUAGACAUGACAGAGCAAUUGCUGCUGGUUUCGAUCCACCGGAUUCAAAGUGGCAAUUCUUUAACUUGAUGCAUUUCACAAGGCAGGAUAAACCACCUGUGAAGAGGAGAUAUAAUUGGAUGCAGCCAUCAAAAAUUCCACGUACUGGUGAGUCUCUUGUUGCUCAGGAUGAUGAAGUUUUGAUUCAAAUGCGUAACAAUUAUGAAGCAGCCUUUGUCAAUAAUACCACGAUUACGAAACAAGAAGCUCAGCGUGUGAUUUGUAUUACACCAAGAACAAAAGAAUCUGAGAAAGCACGUUUGAAAGCAAAACGUGAGGCUUUGAGGGAUGCAAAUGUGGUGCAACCAACAGCAUCACCUGUGGCUAAUGGUACUUUUGUUGGAACUCGUAAUGGGAAUAAAAUUUCGUAUAAUCGUACAAGAGCUGCUGCUCGUGCAAAACUUGAAGCCACCCUAAGGGAAACAGUUGAAAGUGAUUCGGAGUAUACGGAACCUAAUGAAUCUGCGGAGAUAAAAGAACAUAUGUUGUCGACUCGUCGCCGUGGAAGACAUCGAAGAGAUAUCUAUUCCCCCGAACCAAGUGGUGUCGUACUACCGUCUAAAUACCGCUGUGGAAUUCCUGCAACAAGAUCUGCAAAUACCUCGUUCAGGAAAAUAAAUGGAGUACAAAAACCGCAAGCUGUCGAACAUUUGUCAACGAAACAACCAGUGGUUGAUUCUGACUCGUCGCUUACUUUUGGUAACUGCCAUCUUAUAUUUCGUGCUUUCGUUUCACUUUCAGCCAAACUUUGCAAUAAAUGUUUCUUGCUUAAUUAUGUAACCGAACAUGUUGCGACAAGAUUGUUCAAAAUUAAGGAGAAAUCUUUAGCUGAUUAUUAUCGCAUUUGUGAUACGGUAGAAAAGUUAUUGGAUGAUGCGGAAACGGCGCUGGAUAUUGUGGAUACUGAUAUUAUACUUAAUGAUUAA